AUGGAAAGUUUAAACUUGUCAAACAGUGAAAUAACCAGUAGUGGUAUAUCUCAGUUUGGGAUUCUUAAGAAUCUACAAGAGUUGGAUCUUUCUAGUAAUUUAAUUAACUCAGAAGGAGCAAACUAUCUGAGCUCAUUAUAUAAUUUAACAAGUUUAGCUCUAAAUGAUAAUUCAAUUACUGGGGAAGGUUUGAGAAACUUCAGUAACCUUACAAACUUAACUGAAUUGUUUUUGGACAACAAUAAUAUUGGAAGUGUUGGUGCCAAUUAUCUAUCAUCAAAUACUAACAUCAAGUUUCUAACUCUUUCUAACAAUUCUAUUGCAGAUGAGGGUUUAGAAAAUUUUGGAAAUUUGAAAUCAUUAAUCCAUCUUAAUUUGAAUUUUAAUAAUGUUCAACGUGGAUUAAUUUAUCUAUCUGAAUGUAAAUUAUUAAAACAAUUGGAUAUUCAACACAAUAACCUUACUGAUCAAGAAUUAAUUGAUUUUUUCGAUAAAGAACUAAGUAUUGAAGAAUUAGAUCUUUCAGAAAACAAAAAACUAUCAGGAAAAUCAUUUAAAAACAUUUGUAAACAGAGAAAACUUUCCAUUUUAAACAUUGGAAGUAACCCAAAACUUGGAGAUUUAUCACUCUCCCAUUUGGCAUCUCUAAAUCUAUUAACAUUGAGAGCAAAUAAUUGCGGAAUUACUGAUAAAGGGCUAGUGAAAUUCUUACAAGAAAAUUCGAAUAGAAAUUCGAGCAAACGAUUGAAUCUCUACUUGGAAGAAACCCCAUUUACAAAUAUUGCAUUGGAGGAAUUACUUAAUCAAGCAAGUUUCAUAGAAGAGCUGCAAAUUACUUUUUCAUCCAAAUUUGAUGAAGCUCUCACAAAGAAAUUGAAUGAAAGAAUACCAAAAUUUUUCAUGUCAAACGAGAUUUUGGAACAAGCAAAGAAACCUAACAAUUGUUUACUUCAAUAA